AUGGAUUCUGAAGUCCUUAAAAAAUACUCAGCGUUACAUCCUAAACCUGCUGGACUUACUCUUCAGUAUGGCACCGCUGGAUUUCGCGCCAAGGCCGAACAGCUUGAUCACGUCAUGUUCCGCAUGGGCUUGCUGGCAGUUCUCAGGUCCAAAGCCGUGGUAUCUACUAUUGGCAUCAUGGUCACAGCAUCUCACAAUCCUGAAGAAGAUAAUGGCGUAAAGCUGGUUGAUCCUCUUGGAGAAAUGCUGCACCCUUCCUGGGAAGAGUAUGCCACGCAACUAGCAAAUGCAGAGGAGAGAGAAUUGCAGGAAGUAAUAACUGAGAUCUGCCAAAAAGCAGCAGUGAACCAGCACAAAGAUGCUUCAGUUUUUAUUGGUAGAGACACCAGGCCAAGCAGCGAGAAACUUUUGCAGUCAGUAAUAGAUGGUAUCUUCGUUCUAGGUGGUCAGUACCAUGAUUAUGGUCUGGUGACAACACCACAGCUACAUUACAUGGUCUGCUGUCAAAACACCCAAGGGCAGUAUGGGAAAGCAACGCUGGAAGGUUAUUACGAAAAACUAUCCAAAGCUUUUAUGGAACUGAUAAAAGAGUCUCCCAGCUUUGGAGAGAGUCAGAGGCACCUGAAGAUUGACUGUGCCAAUGGAAUAGGAGCCCUGAAACUGUCAGAAAUGGAGCCCUACUUCCGAAAGGAGGUGCUAAUCCACCUGUGUAAUGAUGGAACCAAGGAGAAACUCAAUCACUUGUGUGGUGCAGAUUUUGUGAAAGUUCACCAGAAACCCCCUAGAGGGCUAGACAUGAAGCCCAAUGAGAGAUGCUGCUCAUUUGAUGGCGACGCAGAUAGAAUUGUUUAUUACUAUAAGGACACAACUGGCCAUUUUCACCUAAUCGAUGGAGAUAAAAUAGCAACUUUAAUUAGUAUCUUCCUUAAAGAACUUCUUGCCAAGGUGGGACAGCCCUUAAAGAUGGCAGUGGUACAAACAGCAUAUGCCAAUGGGAGUUCGACACGCUACCUUGAGGAGACACUGAAGGUACCUGUGCACUGUGUCAAAACAGGAGUGAAACACUUGCAUCACAAGGCUCAGGAGUUUGAUGUUGGUGUUUAUUUUGAGGCAAACGGACAUGGUACUGUGUUAUUUAGUAAAGCUGCUGAAACUAAAAUAAGACAACUGGCAAAAGAGGAGAAAGAUGAUGAAAAAAGAGAAGCAGCGAAGGUGCUUGAAAACAUGAUUGACCUGAUUAAUCAGACAGUCGGUGAUGCUGUCUCGGACAUGUUGGUUAUUGAAGCAAUCCUGGCUCUGAAAGGUCUGACUGUGCAACAGUGGGACGGCCUCUACACCGACCUGCCGAAUCGGCUGCUCAAAAAAAAGGUUGCAGACAGGCGAGUUAUUGACACAAUGGAUGCAGAAAGGCGUGCGGUUACACCGCCAGGACUACAGGAGAAAAUUGAUGAGCUUGUAAAGAAGUACAAAUUGUCACGAGCGUUUGUCCGUCCAUCAGGCACCGAAGAUGUCGUGAGAAUAUACGCUGAAGCAGACACACAGGAGAACGCGGAUGCCCUCGCCCACGAAGUGAGCCUGGCCGUUUACCACCUCGCUGGGGGCAAAGGAGCACCACCCCAGCCUGUGUAA